UUGUUAAAAGAACCCAAAAUUCAAGUAAGCCAAAGUCUCAUCCGCAAAUCAAGGUAAGAGAAUGUUAUUAAAAAAAUUGUAAGAUGCAUGAUAGCAUGUGAGUGUUGAAAUUUGUGUUGGCAAAUCAAUCAUGAUAAUAACAAUAUGAUGAAGAUAUGAUAUAAUAAGAUGAUAUAAUGUUAUAUGAUGUCACGUCACUGGCUAAGACACAGAAAGUGGUAGAAAUAAAAUGAAAGCUCCCAAACAGAUCAGGAAACCGGAUGUGAAGCGGUUGAGUUGAAAGUUGAAAGUGGUGAUGGAGAAGAAGCUGAAGGUGUAUGCAGAUCGUAUGUCCCAACCAUCUCGAGCAGUUCUUACAUUCUGCAGGUUGAACGGAAUCGAGUUUGAGGAGAUCAAAAUUGACACUUCCAAACGCCACCAAUUAUCUCCACAAUACACCGAUGUAAACCCUCUCCGGAAAGUUCCAGCUAUUGUCCAUGGGAACUUCAAUCUCUCCGAGAGUCAUGCAAUCCUUGUCUAUCUUGUUUCUGCUUUUCCUGGAAUAGCUGACCAUUGGUAUCCAACUGAUGUUUUCAGAAGAGCCAAAAUUCAGUCAGUAUUGGAUUGGCAUCACUCCAAUUUACGAUAUGGAGCAGAUCAUUAUGUAAUAAACACUGUAUUAGGACCUGCACUUGGUCAUCCACUGAAUCCAAAAGCAGCUUCUGAAGCAGAGAAAGUUUUAUCAUCUUCUUUAUCAAAUCUAGAGAAAAUUUGGCUAAAUGGAAAUGGACGAUUCCUUCUUGGUGGCUCACAACCGUCUAUAGCAGAUCUCAGUCUGGUGUGUGAACUAGUACAACUUGAGGUUUUGGAUGAGAAAGAUCGCGAUCGAAUACUAUCUCCAUACAAGAAAGUUGUUCGGUGGAUUGAGGAUACAAGAGCCGCAACAAAUCCUCACUUUGACCAAGUGCAUAACAUCCUUUUCAGAGUUAAAAUGAAACUCCAACACCCGCGUUCAAUGGAUGCUGAAGCUGGGACUGAGACGAGCAGCAAGAUGGGGAGGCAUUCCAAGAUGUGAAUUCAAUGCUUUCAUGUUUUUUCACAAGACUGACAUAUUUGUAGCCUAAGUAGAUUUUGUGAGUGAAUAAGUAGAAGUCCACAUAGAAAUGUGAUCGUACUUGGCAACUUAUACCUUGGAAGUGUAUUAUACGUAACUUUAAGUGUCCAAUUUGAUCAAGACUCUUAACUCCUAACACCUUCUACUUAGAUGAAAAUACAUUUGACCAAUUAACCUAAGAUAUUUUCUUCCUCA